AUGGUGCGGAUCAUCGUGUGCACAUUGCGCGGCGAACCACAGCAGAUCCUCUCAGAUGAGGCAGUCUUCUCUGUGGAGAAGCUCAAGGAACACCUAGGUGUCCUGGACCAAGGAUGCUUCUUGUCGACCAUCGUGCACAACAACGCAGCUCUUGACGAUGCGACAGACUUGGCAGCCUUCUCGCAGCCUGUGGAGGUCAACCUGGUUCAGCAUGCGAGCCACUGGUCACCACAUCUUCUCUCCGCGGCGCGCGGCCCCGACAUUUCAGAGGUCGAAGGUGCCCUGAGGAGAUUUGCAGAUCCGAACUCCCAGGAUGACAAUGGUUGGACUGCACUGAGCUUUGCGGCGUGUAGGGGAGACAUCGACAUGGUGAAGCUCCUGUGCAAAGCGGGGGCCGACCCCGAGCUCGGUCCGGAUGACAAUGCGCCAUUGCAUCUCGCUGUGCGCGAAGGGUGUCUGCGGGUGGUGGACUACCUCCUCGUGAAGAGGUGUGAUGUGAAUCAGCCGGACAGCUACGGGGUCACACCGCUGCAGGUCGCAGCAGAGGAAGGCCAUGAGGAGUUGCUGGCUUCCUUGUGCGAAGCGGGCGCAGAUAUGGAGGCUACGGACGACGAGAAUGUCACCCCGCUUUUGGAGGCCUGCCGUGUUGGCGAGGUGGGCGCAGUCAAAUCGCUGCUGGAACGACGUGCGGAGGUUGACAAAGUCACGCUCAAUGGCAGCUCUGCGCAAGACUUGCUCAUGGCCUCCCUCCGCAUGCGGCAGCAUUCUGCUGAGAAGGCUUUGCAAAUCCGAGAACUUGCCCGAGACUUGAACGCAUCAACGUGA